AUGGCUCUUGCGCAUUCCGAGUUGCAAAACUUUGAACGUGUUGCGCAUCUGUGGUAUGAUGACGGCAAUGUCAUCUUGAUCGCAGGGGAUAGAGGAUUCCGUGUCCACCGCGGUGUGCUUAUGCAGCGUUCGCCCGGGUUCCGCGAACUCUUCCUUCCGCUAUCCCCAAAUUACUGCUCCACGGGAGCGUGUCCCAUGCUACGGUUGCCGGACGACCCACUCCAUCUGGAUUUUGCACUGAGCGCGCUGUAUGAUAGAUUUUUCUUCGGUGACCUGGAUAUGCACCAUAAGAUACCCGAGGUGGCAUCCGGAAUCAUAUCUCUCGCGCAUAAAUACGACAUCCAAGUCCUACAUAAAGAGGCGAUUCAUCGCCUGUCGGAAGCGUAUCCCAGGUCCUUCGAGAGGUUCAAUGCCAUGAGCCCAUUUCAACUGGACCCCUUCUCGGCGGACGACCACGCCAGUCUCCUCUCCGUGAUCAAUGCUGCACGGCAGCUCAAGACUUCCGAACUGAACACCUUCCUUCCCAUCGCCUUCUACCUGUGCUGUCAGCUCGAUGCUAUCCAUCUCGUGCAAGGCGUCGUACGCUCCGACUGCAGCAGAGAAUGCUUAUCGCUGGACGAUCUACGAAGAUGCGUAGCCGGCAGGAUGAACCUGAUGCAAGCGAACAGUGCCGCCACACUAUGUCUGCGACCGUCCGCGGAAAGCCUCGACCCAUGCUGUCCGAUGCCGGACUCGUGCAUCGAGUCGUUGGUAGCGCUGGCAGGCGAUGCACUGCAGGAGGACAUCUUCGCCUCCUGUGAUGCGCUGACCAACAUUGACCGGUGGAUUGAGGAGAAGGGGGAAGAGCGGGGACUCUGCUGGGUAUGUAUUAAUUACAUGAAGCAACGGCAUGAAGAGGCGCGACGGGAGAUUUGGGAUGAGCUUCCAAAGAUAUUUGAAUUGUAAAAGCAUGCCCGCAGUGCACGAAUGUUACUCUGCUUGGAAGAUAUCCUGGUCGUCUUAAAUUGAUUUCACUUGCUCCG